CGCUGGUGACUGGCGCGGAGUGGCCGGCGGCCAACCAGCCAAAGUCGCCUUGCCCGACGCUCAAGGUGGUUGGCGCGGUGGCAAAGGCGAUGAACGCGCAGGAGGAGGCGAGGAGGAAGGCGGCGGGUCACGCCGGGAGCAUGCCGGGCCAGGCGCGGCUGGGGCGCCGGGAGGGCGGGGCGCGGGGUGGGCUGGCGGGGAUGGCCGAGGCGGAUGAGACGGUCGGCGGCGGCACGGCUGGCGCGGCGGGGCAGGCUGCGAGCGGCGGUGCAGAGGCGGCGUUGGGCACCAACGCCGCCGUCUCGCAGCCCGCGAGCACGCCGGCGCGGACGCGGCGCGGAUUCCGGUUCUGGAGGAGGACGGGGGCGCCGGCGGAGGCGGAGGAGGCGGAGGAGGCACCGCUCGCCGCUGCUCGCCCCGAGGGUACGGCUGCUGCCGCGGUGGAGGCGCGCCUGAAGCAGGCGCUAGCGGGCGAUGGGCUGCCGCUCGAGGCGCCCGCCGCGUCGCGGGGAACGCCGGCCAACUAGGCGGCUCGGCGCGGCGGCGCGGGCUGUGUGCAAAAGGGGCGUGCGGGGAGAGGCUCCCGGCCGACGGUGGAGGGAGGUCCUGAGGGCGAUGGGGGAGCAUCCCAUGCCCGAGCUCUCGGACCGAGUGUCUGUCUCGGCUCGAGACGGAGCCCUUCGGCGCCGCGGGCGCGCGGGGAGGAGGGCGUCGCAUGAGAGUGUCGUGGUCUGUGUGUAUUCUU